AUGUGUAUAAGAGACAGCCUAACAUGGUCUGCAUACAAGAAUAAUGUGCGAGAAAUAGAUCCACGAGUUGAAGAUAGCUUCCUGCAGAAGGCUACUGAAUUCCUGGUAGAUUGUGGAGAGAUAUACCUUGCUAGACUAGCAAAUGAUGAUAUCAUGGUUGUGCUGAAACCUGACUGGUUAUGUUCAAACAUUUUUGGUCCAGCUUUUGCAAAUGAUACCAUGUUUGUGAAGGAUAGGAGUUUUUCACGUCUUGGACACAAGUCUGUCUACACUGUAACAGAACUCAACAAGCAUUUCCAGAAAGUCACAGAUGUACAGUUAUUACUGCAGCUGCUGCAGCAUCUUGGGCUGGGUUAUGCAUUCAACUGUGAGAAAUUUGUGAUUCCAAGCCUGCUUCCCAAUGAUAUGCCGCCAUGGGAUAAAAGUCCAGUUUUCACCGAGUACUAUGGACAACGAGUGAAAUGUUCUGGAGAUGUUGACAUCUUUGCUGCUGGUUUCUUUCCAGGUCUUCAGGUUUGUCUGAUGCAAGAGUUUGCCAUUGAAGCUAAUUUGUCAAGAGUGUCAAGGUACGCAGUCAAAUUUACGUCAGGUGCUGAAGGAAUGGUGCUGUUAACCGUUGAACGACAUGCAGUUGAUAUCAUUGUUCGCGGCAAGGGACAACAACAAAGAGGGCAGUGUUUUCAACUCCUAACAAAAGUGCUAAAAUUAACUUACAUUGAACUUCAGAAGAGAUCACCAGGAACAUGUGUGGUUACAGAGUACCUGAGUCCUCAUGACCUCAGGAACCACAUGAUGCCAAGUGAUGUAUACUCAUACACAGAAGAAGCCUUGAUGCUUGCCGAACAAACUGAUGGUUUACUUGUUAAUAAAUAUUCAGUUUGUCAGGAGAAAGUCUCAGAGACGCUCUGCUCUGGCCAUGAUCCAAAAUUCUUAAUUAUACUAAAGUGGAACUGUGAUGUAAAAUGGAUGCUUGAGACUGUCAAAGAGAAGCUUGUUGAUUUAUUAGAACCAGUAUCCUGUAUUGGGCUAGAUCAUCGUGCACUUGCACAAGCUUUCAAGAUAUGUGAGCAGCAUGUUCUACGUUUACAAGCCACACACCAUUGUAUGCAGGCAAGGACUAUGAGUGUUACAGCAACCUUACUGGAAAAGUGGUCUGAAGGCAAACACGUAAGCACGUUUGGAGAACUUCACAAAAUCUUUAAGGAUCUUGGAAGAAUAACUGGUCUUUGUGAUUGGGGGAGAGAAGAUGCAGUGACAGUCCUUGAGGAAAUGUUUUUAACACUUGAUGUUUUUGAUGCAGUGUAGACAGGGGCUACCCUCUACUGCACCGCACUAUUAACUAAUAUCAUCUAACACAUUACUAUGGUGAACAUGGACAUUUGUCGAGUUUGAGUUAUGAUACUAGCAGGUAUGGGAGACCUCAAAUACGUAUAAAAAUACACAGUGCAAAGUAGAAGAUAGGAUUGGUUUGGGACUGAGAAAUUUUUACCCCAUUCUCUUUACUAACAGAAUUGUCAAUGAUGGACAAAAAAUGAGUUUUAUCCACAGAGUUUUUGCAUUUUGAUUACAUCUUUCCAAAUUCAACACACUUUUCAGUGUAUUAAUAUAAAUGCAAUAGUUGCAAUAUUUGUUUAUUUUAAACUUUUAUAUUAUUAUAAAUAAUUACUGUGUAUUGUAAUUGCUAUAUUUAUUUGUAUUAUCACAGUAUCUUUAAUAUCAUAAUACAGUAAUUACUAAAUUGCCAGAUCGGUAAAAGAGAAAGAACAUGACAAAGAUUAUGGUUUGUGACAUAUACAAUAUUUAGUGUUAAUUAGUAACAAGAUUUUGAAAAAAAAUUCUUUACUGUGUAAAAGAUUAUUAUAUUGAAGCAGAAAAAUCCUCUAAUUGUCCACAUGACGCAGACGUGGACAAAAACCUGCUGAAUAGGCCAACACCUUGGAUAUUUAAACUGUAGUGCCAAGCCCAUUUGUUUUUUUUUCUAACUUCAGUUUUUCUUAUUAAUUACCUUGAAAUUAUUAAUGUCUUCACAAUCAUGACAUACUGACAUAUAUAUUGUACAUUUUGAUAUUUCUAAUUGUAAAAUUAAAGGUAACACAAUAAUGAUGAAGAUGGCGAAUGUGAUAAUAGCUAUGACGAAAAAAAAUGACGACGAUAGUACUAUAAAUGUGAUGAAUAGGGCUAUAGCAAUAUGUAAAUAUAAAUGAAUGGUUUAUAAGCUUUACAGGGUCCGAUUUUAUUUCAUAAGAAUAUUGAAUAGUGCAUUAAAUUUGUAUAAAUAAUAAUGGACUGUAAACUGAAUUGUAUUCAAAAGUGGAUAUAAUGCAAAAUAUACAAUAUGAUCCAAAGUAAAUCGUUGAUUUUUGGAUUAUCAAACAUCAACCAAAACUCAGGAUUUUAAAAAUGGAGUAAAAAUCAAUAUCUGAAUUCUUUACUUUAAUUAAAGUAAAAUUCUGAAUACAUUUGUAAUUGAGUCUGUACCCAAUAAUUUCUGAAAUACAUUAUAGUAUCAUCAUUAUCAUCAUCAUCUGUAUAAGUCACUGAUGGAUGUCUCUCUUAAUAAGUAGUUAUUUGCUCUCAGUUUAAGGAUUUCAAUCAGAAUUAAAUUAACAGAUGCAUAAAUAAUACUAUUCCAGUUGAAAGUGGGGAUUGUGUGAUAUAAGAAAGUUGGCAUGCAUGAUCGCACUGUUUCUUGAACUUGACCAAAAAAUUUGCUGAAUUAGCUUUUAUAACAAUUUUAUAGGAAUUUCCAUAUUUAUUUGAAUAAAAAGAAACAAAGUAUAGAAAAUAUAUUUAAUUAGUGUUGUCUAUUGGAAAAAUAAAUAUUUAGGUGCAGGUAUAUGUAUUAUUUUCUGUUUAAUCAGAAAAAAUGUGUAAUUAUGUGUACUUGAAAAGUAUUUUUGUCAAUAAAAUUUAUUUUAUAACAGCUCUUUUGAGCAGCUUCAUUGUUCAAGCAAACACUGUAGUGUAUCAGGCCUAAUUUAUUUUAGUUUUUUGAGCAAAAUACUGCUCUUUAAUGGGGCUGACACAUCAUUAUUUAAAAUAACCAAAUGAAUAUGUAUGAACUUGACAUGAAGUGCUAAGGACCUAAUUAGUAUAUUAGAAGAUAUACAAAAAACACAUUGUUCUUGAUAUUGUAUCUGGAAAUGAGACAAAUCACGCUUUGGAUCUAUACAUUUGUUACAAGAAAUAACUACAAUAUAUAGAAAUUGCAGUGAAAAUGCUA